GUCAAGUUCGGAUUGAAUUGUAAGUUGUGACUGUGAAGUGUGAGUUUGAGUUCUGACCUGAAUUAUUGCAGAGUUUAGUGAUUCAUUUGGUGUUUGAGUAGUCAUGAAAUAUGAUUGCGGUGGUGGCAAAGUCUUUAUUUGCAAUCCUUGUAAUUGCGUCGACUGUUACUUCCAGAAUACACAAGCUGCCUCUUACGGAUGAUGAACGACACUAUGUUGACCUCACAACAUUUGGGUUCUUUCGAGGGGGCAUUCUGGAAGUACAUAUGAUUAAUUUCAUGUUACCAUCAGGGCCUGUGGGCGAGUAUGGUUUUACCCUGGAUAGAACAGUAAAUGAUGCUAUUAACCCAUAUUUGGAAGUGCAUUCAGACACAUGUAUUCUGAAAGGAGUGGAGAAGAGCAGCACACUUCUUUCACCUCAUCAUCCGGCUAUUGUCUUCUUGAAAAUGGAUUUUAAAAAUCUAAGAUUGAAUAUAACUUGUGAAGGUGAGGUGACAGCGCUGCACCUCUACCAGAACCGUUCGAUGAUACCCAUUGACAGGACCAAGAGACAAUCGCAAUACAUGUUCGUAAAUAGACGGAGAAGAUCUCUUGAUGCGUCAGACGAUACAGACGAGCAGACGUUGGGCCCGCAGUGCUCCUACGCUGUCCUUCCCAUCACAAAGGAGACACGCAACGGUUUCGACUAUUACAACACGAGUUUCGCAAUGUACGUGGCGUCGGAGAAAGAGGAAGGUCUCUACAAUCUUUACUUCCACAACUGCCCUCGCGAAGACGUCAUCAACCCGCCGCCUAUUAACGUGAUGAUCCAAAUAUACGAGAGCAACGAUGGCAACUUCCUGUCCGCUGGCGAGAUGCCUCUUCCCGCCCUGUACAGUAUGAUGUCACUUAUAUUCUUACUGAGCGCCGGCUUCUGGACCUUUAUUUUGAAAACGAGCAGGCACACCGUGUACAGGAUACACAUCAUCAUGUGCGUCUUAGUGUACUUGAAGGCCAUGUCAUUAGCUUUCCACGGUAUCAAUUACCACUUCAUUCAGACGAGAGGCGAACACGUCACCGCUUGGGCUAUACUCUACUAUAUAACGCAUUUGUUAAAGGGAGCAGUAUUGUUUGUAACGAUAGUGCUCGUGGGGACAGGCUGGAACUUCAUAAAGCAUAUCCUCGCCGACCGUGAUAAGAAAAUUUUCAUGAUUGUUAUACCGUUGCAGGUCGUGGCUAACGUGGCAGAGAUUAUAAUAGCGGAGAGCGAGGAAGGUGCCGCGGAACAUAAUGCUUGGCGCAUACUGUUUAUAUUCGUCGACAUGCUCUGCUGCGGUGCCAUCAUGUUCCCCGUAGUCUGGUCGAUACAUCACCUAGAGGACUCUUCGACUACCGAUGGUAAAGCGGCCGUCAACCUUCGGAAAUUGAAACUGUUCCGGCACUUCUAUGUGAUGAUUCUCUGCUACAUAUAUUUCACUAGGAUCAUUGUUACUAUUUUGGAGAACACGGUGCCAUUCCAAUACUCGUGGAUAGACGAGAUGUUCCGCGAGAUGGCCACCUUCGUUUUCUUCGUGAUGACAGGAUACAAGUUCAGACCGGCCGCCGCUAAUCCGUACUUCACACCGACGCACCUGGACGAUGUCGAGCCCAAAGUGUUGUCAGACAUUGGCGUCCUAGACGGCGUCACCAACCGGGAAAAGAAGAGAGAGGACAUGCAACCCCUCAUGCAAGACAACAAUUCCGAUUAAAUUAUACUAUACAUCUAAUUAAAUAAGCAUAGUUUUAAUCAAUUAAAGGUAUAUUACCAUUUUUAAAUGUAUAUGUCUUGUAUAGAUGUGAAUAAUUUCAUUAUUUGUUACUUUACUAUUGGUGUUCACCUUUAAUACCAAAUAAUGUGCAAUUGUUUUGCGGUAAAAAUGUAAAAUGUGAAUACCCAACUUUAUUAUAGAACGGCUAAUGUACUGGGCCAAAGGUGAAUCGAUUGAUGUGAUCACGUGAGGUUACCAAUUUCGGUUCUGCUCAUCUUGUUAUGAAUUUUUAUCCAUGGUUGGGGUUUGUGCCAACCCAACUGAUUCGGUACGAGCUAUAGUUAUACUGCCGCUGGACAUUAUUAUUCCGGUUGGAAUAUUGAGUUAGUCAGGCUAAUUACAGGCCCAAAGGAGAUAACACUUUAAAUAGUGCGGUUGGUAGAGCAUUGGCGUCGCAUUGGUGGCCAAUGUUUAUGGUUAAAGUGCCAAUGUUUAUGGGCGUCUGCCUUCCUAAAAUGAGUAAAACAAAAUAAAUGCUAUAAAUAAAAUUUAAUAAUUUUCAAUGAACAAUGUGACUGAACUAAUAUUGCUAAGUCAGAACUUAUAUUGACUGAGAGGCGGUCCAAGGUUGUAAAUAUAAUGUAUUUAAGCGAAUUCUUAAAUCAUCAUACUAAUAAAAAACGCGAUUAUAAUAAAUUUGAUAUUUAGUUAUUUAAUCAUUAUCAUUAACAAAAAUAAUUACAUUUUAAUGAAAAAACACGAUUACCAUUAUAAAAUAAAUAUUCAACGUCACUCGUGAUGUAACGAUUAACGAUAUCCCAUACAUUUAAUAUGUUCAGGAAUUUGGUGCAAUAAGUACAUGAAAGCACUACACUCCUUUUUGAGAAGUCGUGUAAUUAUUGUUACUGAUUCUAAAAAAAAAAAUAUAAUAAAAAAUAAGCAAAUAUUGUAAAAUAUAGAAUAUCAAUAUGUACAUUUAUAUAAUAAAACUAUUUUAAAAAUAACUUUUUUCAUCAAACGUAGAUCAGAUUUAUUCAAUGUUGUUAGUUUCGUUUAGUACUGUAGCUUUUAUUUAGACAUUUUUUAAUAUAUUAGUAUUAUAGAAUAUAUUUGUGGGUUUCAGUUUGUAGCGGUCAUUAAAAUCCUCACAACUAAUCUAACCGAUCGUUGGUAGUACUAUUUUUUCUCCUAUAAUUUAACUCGACACUGUACUAGUUUUUAGAUUUCUUUUAUCUUUCCUCUUUUCAACAUUAAUGGUAUGAUUUUUAGGUAAAAAUAACUAUGUAUAUGUAUUGCGGCCUUCGAAAUGUGUACUAGUUUAUGUAUAUCGGUACCAAAGUCAUUUUUUCAGAGCUAUUCCGUAAGAAGAUUCUCGAAAACUCACCUCGGAACACAAGCGUGAAAUAUCAAAAAUUGAUACGCGACAUUGAUUCUAAUACCGUUUUUAAUUUAUCGCACCGUAAGUCGCUUGUCAAGAUUUCACGAGUGAGAUACGAAAUGGAAUCUUACAGAAUCGCACUGCUCAUUCAAAUUCAUAAUCGUUUCAUACUAAUUUAAAUUGGUACUUGAAUGACUCGUAAUUUUAAAUCUUAAGUUUUGUAUCAUUGCAAAAUCAUACAUUAAUAUAUAAUUAUAUACCUAUUUUCCACAUUCAUUCCAUAUUUCAUGGGUUCAAAUGAUACUAUAUAAAUGUUAUCCUCGAUUGAAAGGUUCUUGUGUUGUUCCAAAGUUUAAUGCCCGUAGUGAAAUUAUAGUAUCGGUUAUCAAAAUUGUAAUUAUUUUGUUAUCAAGCGCGUUAACUAUGUAUUAGUCGUAAAGAUACCUUGUUUAUUUCAGUGUAUUUUCCACUGUGAAUGCUUAAACACUCCGCGUUGUAUGGAUUCGUUUAUUUUUUUUUUAUUUUAUAUAAUUGUAUAUUUAAUUGUACGUUAUAAAUUGCAUUGUAAUUAAACAGCGAGAAUUAGGUAUUAUACUUAUUCGUCGAUUCUCAUAACCUUAUUUGUUUGGUAGACUUAAAGACGCCUGUGUAAUGCUAACCUUGUGUAUACUUAAAUAUAGGAUGCGUAACCUUGUUAUUUAAUUUGAAUUUAUAUCCAUUUGACAAUAAAAAGCUUUUCUCUGUAGGAUAAUAUGAAAGCGGCGUAGUAUAGUGGACUAGACUCUUAGUUUUUUUUAAUAGUUUUAUAUUGUGCGUUCCUCUAGAAUUCGUACGACAUAUCUUUUUCGGGGUCAUGAUACCAUUACUAUUUACGUAUACAUUUUCCAGUGAUCGGUAUAAAUAGUGCUAAUUUACAAAGUCUUGAGAUUAUGUAACAUAAAUUGUGACUUAAAUUGUAACUUCAGUUUGAUUCAAAUGAUUAUCUUUGUAUUUCAAAAAUAAUUUAGUCUGCACUAUCUAAAAUAUCUACUAAAUUAGAUUGAAUAUUAUUUUAUGUGGAUCAUGUUAUGUUUAUCACAUAAAAUGAGAAGUCUAAAUGUAUGUGUCAAAAUGUAAUGUUUUUGUAAUAUCAUUCGCUAUAUAUACCGAUCCGAUCACUGAUAUUCAUCGGUUUUGUUACGGAUCAUAUCUGAGAAAUUUAAGCAUAAAAAUGUUGAUAUUUCUUCAUGUUGUGUAAUACAACACGGUGUUAUUUGGUACGACAUAAAAACGAGUUCGAAUUUAAAAUCAUGCAUAAUUUAGAGAGUCAUUAGUUUUUAUUUUAUUUCAGUCGUUUUUUAUGUGAGAAGGUAAAUUGUUCAUCGAGUUUAUAGACGGCAAGGAAUAAGGAGUUAUCGUUUCGUAAUAGAGAAGUUUUUUUUUUAUUUUAUUACACAUCGAGGAGUAUAAUUUUGGCCAACUCUUCUUCACAUGUGUGAUUUCAACAUGUCCGUUACGUGACUGGAGUAUGAUACGGGGACCGCAGGCUCCCGACAAGGCGAAUUUCAUCGAGACUGGCUCGACAAUAGAAGUAAAUCGGAUAAGUUUAUACUUAUAACAUAUGAAUAUUCAUUUUCAGUGUCUAUUGUGAUAUGAUUGUGAGUUAAAAGUUUUUUUUUUAUUGUUUUCUUCACUUUCUCGUCGCUCUAUUUGUACAGAUCAACGCAUGCUUGUGUAAUUUACCGAUGACUUGUUCUUAAGAAUUAAAUUAAUUUACUUACAUAUAUAAUUCGGUGUAGUUUUAUUUCCAAGCAAUAAUAUUUUUAUUGUAAUCUCUUUUGAAAAUGUUGUUUAACUUAAAUUAAUAUUUGUUUGAGUUGAGAUGUUCAUAUUAUAU